CAAGGCGCCGGGGUUCGUAGCACCAGCCCCCGGCCGGGCUAUGUGGGACCCUCUGGGUGCUGAGGCAUGCGCCACGGCGCUCGGAGGCGCGCUCUUUCUGCUGCUCUUCGCGCUGGGGAUCCGCCAGCUGCUGAAGCAGAGGCGGCCGACUGGCUUCCCUCCCGGGCCGUCGGGGCUGCCAUUUAUCGGCAACAUCUACUCGCUGGCCGCCUCGGGCGAGCUCCCCCACGUCUACAUGAGAAAGCAGAGCCAGAUGUAUGGCGAGAUCUUCAGUUUAGAUCUUGGAGGUAUAUCAGCUGUGGUUUUAAAUGGCUAUGAUGUAGUAAAGGAAUGCCUUGUUCAUCAAAGUGAGAUUUUUGCAGACAGACCAUGCCUUCCUUUAUUCAUGAAGAUGACAAAAAUGGGAGGCUUACUCAAUUCCAGAUAUGGCCGAGGAUGGGUUGAUCACAGAAAAUUAGCUGUAAAUAGCUUUCGCUAUUUUGGAUAUGGCCAAAAGUCUUUUGAAUCUAAAAUCUUAGAAGAAACCAAAUUUUUUAUUGAUUUUAUUGAAACAUACAAAGGUAGACCAUUUAACUUUAAACAAUUAAUAACAAAUGCUGUUUCAAACAUAACCAAUCUGAUCAUUUUUGGAGAACGAUUCACUUACGAAGACACUGAUUUUCAGCACAUGAUUGAGUUAUUUAGUGGAAAUGUGGAACUGGCUGCCAGUGCCUCAGUCUUCCUGUAUAAUGCCUUUCCAUGGAUUGGCAUCUUACCUUUUGGAAAACAUCAACAGCUAUUUAGAAAUGCAGCUGUGGUCUAUGAUUUUCUCUCCAGGCUUAUUGAAAAAGCUUCCAUCAACAGAAAGCCUCAGUCACCUCAGCAUUUUGUUGAUGCUUAUUUAGAUGAGAUGUAUCAAGGUAAAAAUGACCCAUCAUGUACUUUCUCCAAAGAAAACCUCAUUUUUUCCGUGGGGGAACUCAUCAUUGCUGGAACCGAAACUACAACCAAUGUGCUACGGUGGGCAAUUCUUUUCAUGGCCCUUUAUCCUAACAUUCAAGGACAAGUUCAGAAAGAGAUCGAUUUAGUUAUGGGACCCACUGGGAAGCCUUCUUGGGAUGACAAAAGCAAAAUGCCUUAUACGGAGGCAGUUUUGCAUGAAGUUUUAAGAUUCUGUAAUAUAGUGCCAUUAGGGAUUUUCCAUGCAACCUCUGAAGAUGCAGUUGUACGUGGUUAUUCCAUUCCUAAAGGCACAACAGUAAUUACCAACCUUUAUUCUGUACACUUUGAUGAAAAGUACUGGAGAAACCCAGAAAUAUUCUCUCCUGAGCGAUUUCUGGACAGCAGUGGAUAUUUUGCCAAGAAGGAGGCUUUGGUUCCUUUUUCCCUAGGGAAAAGACAUUGCCUUGGAGAGCAGCUGGCUCGGAUGGAGAUGUUCCUGUUUUUCACAGCAUUGCUCCAGCGGUUUCACUUGCAUUUCCCGCACGGGCUGGUUCCAGAUCUGAAGCCCAGAUUAGGCAUGACAUUGCAACCCCAGCCCUAUCUCAUCUGUGCAGAAAGACGCUGAAAGUGCUGGCCAUCUUGUGGGAAAAGGUUAUCUGGUUGCCUUUUACCCCGAACCUUGAUUAUCUAACCAGUGUGUGUGUUUAUACAAAAAUCACAGCAUCAUAAAGCCAAACGAACACAGUCUUUGAAAGUAGUACUAAAGCAAUAAUAAGUAUUAAGUAUGGUUUUUUCCAAGCUUUUGUGACUUCUGAGGUGGAAUUAUCUGUGGAGGAAAACAAAGGUACAAAUGACAGGGGUUGCUUAAGUAAGCUAGGCCAUGGAUGCCCUAAGCAGAGCCUGACUUUUCAGCCUCUUGUUGAGCACCAGGUACCCCUUCUUCUUUCUUGACUCCAUCUUGCUCCUGUCCUGGGGGCUUUGUUUCCAAAUGCCAAUGCCAGUUCCCUUCUGAUAAGAUAUUAUCAUUAGUGGGUAGUGUGGUAGGAGUCUAGUUUAAUAGAGGACUAAAGAAAUUAGAACCUAAAUAAAUGAGUUUGGAGGACAGAGGUAUUCUAGACAUAGUGGCAGAUAAUAGAAUAAGUAUCUGUGUAUUUAAGAACCUGCCAGUGCUUUCAAAUCUUGCUCCCUGUUAUGUGUGCGUAAGAAUUACCUUGUUCUUAUUACAGAUGAGGGUCCCUGUGACCCAAGUAUUCAUCCCCAUAGCACCAGUUCAGUAGAAGGAAAUUACAGUAAUGUAAUUAUAAUAAAAAAUGACACCCGAAAGUAUUAAUUCUUCAUAGACACAGACAUUUUUCCUAGUACACUUUCUUCAUAAACCAAUCACAGUUCUUAAAGAUGGAAUCGUUUUACCUUUUAAAGGUCUCCAGCCAUUUCCUUGGAUUACUGUUACUUUUCUGAAGAGAAUAUUUUACAAAUCCAAAAAACAUGCUUUAGAGCAUUAUGGGCUUCUAGUAAUAAUGAUGGCAGGAAAAUAAGUGUGAAUUGUGACUGUCCUGAUCAAACUGGUAGGUAUAUUCACCCAUUUAUAGUUUUUUUAACAUGAUUUCCUCUAAGGUUGUACAUCAAGGAUUUCUGCUCUUGUCACUUGGCUCAUGAAUAGUUGCAGCCUUAGAGUAAAUGCACAUAACAACAACUUCUGUUAAGAAUAUGAAUUUAACCUUAAUAACCUCAUCUGUUGAAUAUUUUCAAGUUUCUCUGUGAUGAAUCAGGAGUCUUUGCAUCUCUGAUAUAUUAAGAUGUUUCUGGUUGCAAGAGGAAAAAAUCCUGGGCAAAUUUACUUAAAUAAUAAAGGAGAAAUUUGGCAGUAGUGUGGCAGUUUUAGAGUAGGUAUGACCUACAUACUCCAUGGUAUCAUCAAAGAUCUGCUUGUUUGCAUUUUGCGUCCCAGAUGGUAUCAGCUUUAUCUUAAGACUGACUCAUGGAAGUCCAUGUGCUUUGCCUCCUUGUUUAGACUGUGCUUGGGUUGUUUCUGGGGGAGUGAGGGAGCUUUUCAGAUAUUCUCCCAAAACUGUUCUUUGUGUCCCAUAGGUCCUAACUAAGUUAAGUGCCCAUCUUUUAAAACUCUGUCUUUUGAGUGGGAUUAUGGUUCACUUAGGCCUGACUACUAGAGCCAGUGAUGGAGUUGGCUUCCCCCAAAGUACAUGUGCUACAUUGGGGUAGUAUAGUUAUCUAUACAAAAAUAAGGAGAGUUAUAAGGAGAAGAGGAACUCCUGACUAGCAGACUAAUUACAAUAUCUAACUCACUGCCCUCUAACCACUCGCUAAGCCAAGCAACUUUCCCUCCUGCUUCCCUGAUUCUUGACAAUUGUGUUCAUUCAAAUUACUUUUUGAUCUUUGCUUUUCCUUUGGCACAGCAAAUCUCUCAUCCCUGGGCCUCCUACUUACUGUCAUUUCUCCUACAAAUGCCUAGGUUGAACUCUACAGACUGGGGAUUCUGGAAACUUGGUGGUCUUAGGAAAGAAAUUUAGUGAACUAGAAUAGAUUAUAAUCAAAAUUAAGGAGGUCUUAUUUUGCUCUUGAUUACUACUGUCACUAUUUUUUUCUAGGAUGAUUAAAACCUUCAUAAAUCUACAGAGAAUAAAGAACAUGCUAUUUAUUUUCUUUA